CACUGCACCUGGCUGUGGAGGAGCAUGGCCAAGACAGACUGCAACUUGCUCCUGAAGUGAGGGGCUAGACUUUGGGUUGUGUUUGGCCCCUGCAGUGGGUGCAAGCCCAAGGACUGCUGUGACCCCUGUUAGAAGUAGUGAGCAGUGCUGGAGUGGGGGACCAACGUGGGUCCAAAACAGUGGAGUAGAGCAGACAAUGGGCAAGACACCACCUGCAGAGGGCACUCUGGAGCUGGACUGAGCUAAUUCCCGGAGCAGCCAGCAGGAGAUGCCACAGUGGUAGAGACUAUGAGAAUGGUUCUGCUUCGUUUGCUGUUGCUGCUGCUACUAACCUUAUCCAGUAACAAUGUGGAGGGAGAGCGAGAUCAAGAGGUGUUUUGUGGAGCUUGCAGGGCACUGGUCGAUGAGCUACUGUAUGACAUUAGGAAGGUGAAUCAGAAGAGGACCAUUGACGUGGGGUCAUUCCGAAUAAGUCCUGACGGGACACAAGAGAGGAGUAAGGUUCCUUUAGCAAAGUCAGAGACCUACUUAACGGAAGUUUUGGAAAAUAUAUGUGAUAGAAUGAAUGAUUACCAACUGCAAGUGGAUCCUCAAACCCAAAAAAGGACGUUCAAGAGAUUUGCUCCUAGGAAAGAUGAGAAAAUCUAUGCAGAUUUUAAAAAAUUAUAUUUUUAUUCUGAUGCGUACAAACCUUUGAAAUUUGCGUGUGAAAGUAUUAUAGAAGAGUAUGAAGAUGAAAUUUUCUCACUUAUCGCCCAGGAGGCAGACUAUCUAGCUGACAAGCUGUGCAGUGAAAAAUCAGGUCUUUGUGAAGAAUCUGCUACUCACACUGAGCUAUAGCAUCGAUAAACUAUGAAUUUUACAGAGUCAAGUAAGAUGACAACCACAAAAAAAUCUUCCCGUGUAAUCAAAUAGUGAUUCUCUGCCUUUUUUGCCCCUGUAAUAUCUUUUGUUUUUUACAUUUAUAUUUUUACAUGUGCAUAAGUUUCUCUUUGUUUAUUUUCUUUUAUGUUUUCAUAUUAAAAUAUUGAAACUGAUGUUUGCAUGGUUUUGGCAAGGAUCUUAGGUUUAACAUGUAAUUAAUUAUUGACUAUUUCUAUAGGUAAAACAAUUGAUGUCUCAAGAUAUUCAUGCCAGGUGUGUUAAUUUUGACAAAACCAAUAUCUGAUUGUAAAAAAAAAAGUACUAUUUGAGUGUGAAAAUUAUGGCUCUUGUUUAACU